ACUUCUGGCUUCCUUCCACCCUCAGCAGAUGGAGUGGGGUCUGAAGUCCACAUAUUCCAUCAUUCAUGCACCCUGAAGAAAGACGAAGGGCCAUGCAAGGCAAUAAAGGACAGGUUCUACUUUAACUUUGACACAGGUCGCUGUGAGCUCUUUGAAUACGGAGGCUGUCAAGGCAAUGCAAACAAUUUCAAGACCCUACAGGAGUGUGAGGAAAUGUGUCUUGUGAAAGCUGCCACAAACCACAUGGAACAAAAUGCUCCAUUAAAGCCAGAAGAAGAACCCAAGCCCAAGACAGAACCUCUCGCUAAACAUGUUGAAGCUCCAUUGAAUGCAUCACAUUUGCCAACGCGGAGAGUGUACAAACCAUCUGCACAGGAAGCAGAAUUCUGCUCGAGUCCAAUUGAUAGAGGUGAUUGUGAUGGCUUUGAGAGGAGAUACGUGUACAACCCCAAGAUUAAGAGAUGCCAAAUGUUUCCCUACACUGGCUGUGGAGGCAACAAAAACAACUUUGUCUCUAGGAUACACUGCAUAAGAAUGUGCAUGAGAGGUCACUGGAGGAGGCGCAUGCGGAUGAAGUUGAGGAAAUCAAAUGUCUUAUCCCGAUCUGUCUAGAACAUAUAUUUUUCACAAUACCAAAUCCUAAAUCACUAUUCGGAGAGAAAAUAAGAAACCGCAGCAUGUGCUUGUAACGCUGAGUCAGAGACGUUAUGAUCCAUAAGCAGCUUUAUUUCAAUAAUCCACAGAGUAAACAGAAACAGGUCAAUCAGGGGCGUUAGAUACCACGUAGACAAAUCACAAUCAUAAACCUUGACAGAGCGUAGAAUCAGGGCUGGCGGCUGGCAGGCAGAGGCGAGAGAACAAGGCAGAGGUCGAUAAGGUAGGCGGCAGGGAAUCAGAGUCCAAUAAACAGUCCAGGUCAUACACGGAAGAUCCAACAGUGGGGAAACGCUCGGUAAUGUCUGCAUGGGCAAAACAAGACUUCGCGUUUGAGAGAACAGGGAGAGUUCCUUAAAUAGGGGAUGAAGAUGAGCGACACCUGUGCAGGUAAUCAGCCCCAGGUACGGGGUGUAUGGGAAAUGUAGUUUGAAGGAGGUUAAUACUCAGGUGACGGUUCCCUCUGGUGGUGAUCGGAGAGAGCCACAGAGGCUGUGUUUGUGACAGAGCCCUCCCCCUGCGAGCGGCUCCUGACGCGAUGAGGUGAUCGUCGCCGGGGUCUUCCUCGGGGUCUAGGAGCGGGUCUGUCUGGGUGAUCUCGAUGGAAGUCCGUGAUAAGAGUGGGAUCCAGUAUGUCAUCAGCAUUGACCCAGGACCUUUCCUCCGGACCGUACCCCUCCCAAUCGACCAGAUACUGUAGGACUCGGCCCCGGCGACGUGAAUUCAGGAUUUCGUGUACCUGAUAGGCCUCCUGGCCAUCGAUGAUGAGGGGAGGCGCUCUCUGGUCACCAGCCUCCUCUAGGUUCUCCGAUCCUCUCGGUCCACCAGCGGGCUUGAGCAAGGAGACAUGAAAGGUGGGUGAGAUACGGUAAUGAGAUGGGAGAGAUAGUCUAAAUGAUACUGGGGUGAUUUGACGGAGGAUUUUGAAAGGGCCCACGUACCUGGGACUAAGUUUCUUGGAUGGUAGUCUUAGGCGAAGA